CUAACGGUCUGCCGCGGAGCGUCCUGCCGACGUCCGCCUCCAAGAGGCCGAGGAUGGUCGCAGCGACGCCCGGAGGAUAGACCCGGCUCCACCCGGGACGCUGGACCGGGACAGGCCCGCGGAGUGUUCAUGUAAACCGUCCAACCGAGCCAGAGAGUUCCGCCACGGAGCUUCGAACCCGGGUCCGGAGCUGCAGCCAUGCAGGCCGCGCAGGCGCAGUACGACUUCUUCAGCGAGGAAAACUACAGCAAGUGGAGAGGCCUGCUGGUUCCGUCCCUGGAGAAGGUGUUGAACCAGGUACAUCCAAACCUGAAGUCCCAGCAGGAGGCGCUGCAGUACAUCGAGGAGCUGAUCCUGCAGCUGCUCAGCCUGCUGUGUCAGGCUCAGCCACGCACAGUGCAGGACGUGGAGGACCGGGUCCAGAAGAGUUUUCCCUAUCCCAUUGAUAAGUGGGCAAUUUUUGAUGCUCAUAGCGCCAUUGACAAGAGGAAGAGAAGGAACCCGCUGGCACUGCCCAUCGAUAAGAUCCAUCCGCUGCUGAAGGAAGUUUUGGGCUACAAGGUGGACCACCAGGUGUCUGUGUACAUGGUGGCCGUGUUGGAGUACAUCUCAGCCGACAUCCUGAAACUGGCAGGAAACUACGUCAGGAACAUCCGCCAUUAUGACAUCACCAAGCAGGACAUCACCGUGGCCAUGUGUGCUGACAAGGUGUUGAUGGACAUGUUUCACCAGGACGAGGAGGAUAUCGGCGGCCUCCCUCUGAUGGACGAAGAGCCAUCAGCCAAUGAGGAGCAGACUUACUACGAGUUGGUGCGGAGCUUCAUGGUAGAUAGUCGUCAGUACUUGAGGCAGCUCAACCUGCUCAUCAAGGUGUUCAGGGAACCCUUCGUCUCUAGCCCUGAGCUGUUCUCUCCACAUGAUGUGGACAGCAUAUUCAGUCGUAUCGUUGACAUCCACGAGGUGACUGUAAAGCUACUGGGUCUGAUUGAGGACACGGUGGAGAUGACGGAUGAAGGAUGCCCUCAUCCUCUGGUCGGGAGCUGCUUUGAAGACCUGGCUGAGGAGUUGGCUUUUGACCCUUAUGAGACAUACACUCAGGAUGUCUUGCGCUCAGGCUUCCAUGAACACUUCCUGAAUCAGGUGACCAAGCCAGGGGCUUCUCUUCACCUGCUGUCCAUCUGUGUAGGUUUCAAAGAAGCUGUUCAGUACGUUCUGCCCAGACUGCUGCUCACUCCUGUUUACCACUGUUUGCACCUGUUUGAGGUGCUGAAGCAACUGGAGGAGAAGAGUGAAGAUGAAGAGGACAAAGAAUGUCUGAAACAGGCCAUCACAGCUCUGCUCAACCUGCAGUCCAGCAUGGAGAGGAUCUGCUCCAAGAACCUCGCCAAGAGGAGGCUCAGCGAGUCGGCGUGUCGUUUCUACAGCCAUCAUAUGAAGGGGAAGCACCUGGCCAUCAGGAAGAUGAACGAGAUCCAGAAGAACAUCGAUGGCUGGGAAGGGAAGGACAUUGGCCAGUGCUGCAACGAGUUCAUCAUGGAGGGCACACUGACUCGAGUCGGCGCCAAACACGAACGCCACAUCUUCCUUUUUGAUGGCCUCAUGAUCUGUUGCAAAGCCAACCAUGGCCCACCGCGCCUGCCUGGUGCCGGCUCUACGGCAGAGUACCGGCUCAAAGAAAAGUUCUUCAUGCGUAAAGUCCAGAUCAACGACAAGGACGACAAGGAGGGCGAGUACCGGCAUGCGUUUGAGAUCAUUCUAAAGGAUGGGAACAGUGUAGUGUUUGCUGCUAAGUCCUCGGAGGAGAAGAACAGCUGGAUGGCGGCACUGAUCUCGCUGCAGUACCGCAGCACGCUGGAACGCAUUCUGGACCAGGCUCUGCUGCAGGAGAAGGAGAAGCAGAUGAGGCUACCAUCAGCUGAGGAGUACCGUUUCACCGAGCCCGACUCAGAGGAGAACGUUGUGUUCGAGGAGAAUGUCCAGUCUAAGUCCGGGAUCCCCAUCAUUAAAGCAGGGACAGUCCUGAAACUGAUCGAGAGACUCACCUUCCACAUGUAUGCAGAUCCGAACUUCGUGCGGACCUUUCUGACGACUUACAGGUCGUUCUGCAAACCCCAGGAGCUGCUGAGCCUGCUCAUGGAGAGGUUUGGAAUCCCUGAGCCAAAGCCGACAGACUCGGACCAGAUGGAGGGCGAGGAGCAGCUGCUCAGUGCUGAACUCAAACGUUUCCGUAAAGAGUUUGUUCAGCCGGUUCAGCUCAGAGUUCUCAACGUGUGCCGUCACUGGGUGGAGCACCACUUCUACGACUUUGAGAGAGAUGAGCAGCUGCUGAGCCAACUGGAGGAGUUCAUAGCCUCAGUGAGAGGUAAGGCGAUGAGGAAGUGGGUGGAGUCUAUCACUAAGAUCAUCCAGAGGAAGAAGCAGGUCCAGGUGAGCCCCUCAGGUCACAACAUCACCUUCCAGAGCUCUCCGCCCCCCAUCGAGUGGCACAUCUGUAAACCUGGAGACAUUGAGCACUUUGACCUCAUGACUCUGCAUCCCAUUGAAAUCGCCCGCCAGCUCACUCUGCUAGAGUCCGACUUCUUCAGGGCAGUGCAGCCGUCGGAGCUGGUCGGCAGUGUCUGGACCAAAGAGGACAAAGAGCUUCACUCUCCCAACCUGCUGAGGAUGAUCCGACACACCACCAACCUCACCUUGUGGCUGGAGAAGUGUAUCGUAGAAACCGAGAAUCUGGAGGAAAGAGUCGCUGUUAUUUCUCGGAUCAUCGAGAUCCUGCAGGUCUUUCAGGAACUCAAUAACUUUAACGGUGUUCUGGAAGUAGUCAGUGCCAUGAACUCCUCACCGGUCUACAGACUGGACCACACCUUUGAGCAAAUUCCAAGUCGGCAAAGAAAAAUCCUGGAAGAGGCUCACGAGCUGAGUGAGGACCACUACAAGAAGUAUUUAGCCAAGUUGCGCUCCAUCAACCCCCCCUGCGUUCCCUUCUUCGGAAUCUACCUGACCAACAUCUUGAAGACUGAAGAGGGAAACCCAGACUUUCUGCGCCGACACGGCAAAGACCUGAUCAACUUCAGCAAGAGGCGGAAAGUGGCUGAGAUCACAGGAGAGAUCCAACAGUACCAGAACCAGCCGUACUGCCUGAGGGUCGAGAACGACAUCAAGAAGUUCUUUGAGAACCUGAACCCGAUGGAGGACCUGUCAGAGAAGGACUUUGCUGAUCAUCUUUUCAACAAGUCUUUGGAGAUCGAACCACGGAACACUCGGUCGUUACCGCGCUUUGGGAAGAAGUACUUCUGUCCUCUGAAGUCUCCAGGGAUUCGUCCGACCUCGGCAAGGCCUGGCACCAUGCGACACCCAACACCUCUGCAGAACGAGCCCAGGAAGAUCAGCUACAGCCGCAUCCCAGACAGCGAGGCUGACGGGGGGGCGGUAUCUGCCCCAAACUCCCCCCGCACGCCACUGACUCCACCCCCUGCGUCGGCCGCCUCCAGCUCCACAGACGUCGGCAGCGUGUUUGACUCUCCACAGGCUCCCAGCAGCCCCUUCCACUCAACCUGCGACAGUAUCUUUGCUGUUGUCUCUUUGCCUCACGGCCCACGGUCGUCUUCUGUCUCCUCCAUGAUGAGUUUCAGUCGGGGUUCAGAAGAUGCUCCUGUUCCUCCUCCCGUUCCUCCUCGCAGACGGCCAGAGUCUGCUCCUUCAGAGUCGUCCCCCUCCAUGAUGAUGUCAAACCUGGACAGUCCCCCCGCUGUGCCUCCUCGCCAGCCUACCUGUAAGCUCCUCCCCCCUCGUUACUCGUCUUCAUUGUCCUCGUCGUCCCCACCUGACAGCCCACCCUCACUGCCCCCUCGGGAACCGUUCAGCUCCCCCCUGCAUCUCCUCCCGCCUCCUCAAGGGCGCUCCCGCUGCGACCUGUUGUCUCAGGCCUUCUUCCCCCCCACCUCCUCUUCCUCUGUUAGCUCCACCCCCACAGCGUUGUCCUCCUCACCCCCCCUCACCCCUCUCACACCAACCUCUAGGAAGUUACCUCUUCCCUCCCCACCCCUCAUCUCACCCAUGGACGGACCCCCAGUUCCUCCUCGUCACAUCGUCCCAAAACUGCCCCCCAAAACCUAUAAGAAGGAAUCUUUAGACCACGCCCCUAUUGUGGACACGCCCCCCACAUUAUGACUGAACAGAAGAACCAGGGAUAGCUGAUUGGACAUCUGUUGGAGGAGGUGGAGCUUGAAAUGGUAACACUAUAGCUGAUUGGAUCAGAAUCGCAUGAACAAAGGACUCUGACCAUUCAGAAGGUUCUGAUCCGGUUCGAACUGAGCUAUAAGAAAAAUCAUGUACUUUUAUUCUGAAAAUCUGGUUCAGUAGAACCUUUUAUGUGUGUUUAGUUCGUUUGUGUCCUGACCCAGUGGGACCUAAAGGGACCUGAUCCGACUGAACUGGUUGUUAAGCGGGGACUUGUACAGGAAGUUGUGAAGAGCUCAUGAAGCAGAACCUUAGAGGUACUGUUUUUGGUUUUGAUGGACUUGAUGAUGUUUGUUUGUCUCUUGUUGUUGAU